AUGACAUCCCGUCCUGCAACGCCAGAAACGUCCAUCUACAUAGUAGGUGGAUCGGUCUUUGGCUUGUCUACUGCUUUGCACCUUUCGGCUGCCGGAUAUAAGGAUAUAACAGUGUUCGACCGAGCCGCUCCUUUGCCAUCACCGUUCGCGGCAAGCAAUGACUUGAACAAGAUCAUCCGCGCAGAGUACGGCGUCGGUCAUGCGGAGGAUGAUUUCUAUACGGACUUGGCCCUGCGUGCAGUGGCAGCCUGGAAGGCACCAGAUGAUGUUGGUGGCUGGAGUAGCUGCUACAACGAAGUGGGAUACUUGAGAGUUGCAAGCUCCACGGCAAAGCUACAAGCCAUAAACAAAGACAAGGAGUACUUCACAUCGCCACGAACCAAAGAAGCUGGGAGCCUCUGGUUUCCUGACGGUUCGUUCCGGGCCAUCCAAGGCCUAGCAGAUAUUCAUUCGGCAGCGCCGCAACUGGAGAAGGUCGACUUUGCCACUCAAUGGCGAGGAUAUCUAAACAUGCACGGAGGAUAUGCACUGGCGUCUGAGGCUAUCAAGCUCGCAUAUAGACGCUGUGUGCAUCUGGGUGUCAAGUUCGUGCUCGGUGAAGACGGCCACAUAUCGUCACUUGUGUCAGCCGGCCCAAUGCGGUCGAUUACGGGCGUACAGGCUGAAAACGGUCUCGUUCACUCCCAUCCACCAGGCAAACCGUGCCUCACUAUCCUGUGCAUGGGAGCACACCUGCCACGUGUGCUAUCGGCUGCAGCAUCCCAAGUCACAGCCAAAGCUUGGUCGGUGGCUCACCUAGAAUUGACAGAAUCGGAAGCCCAGGCGUUGGCAGGUGUACCGGUGAUGAACUUUUCCGAACUGGGAUUCUGGAUGGAACCGCUGUUCGUCAAGCAAGGCGAAGAUGGGAGUGAGGUCGUCGAACGUGUUCAAACACCAACGAGCUCAACGGCAACGAAAAGGCCAAGGGCGGACGGAAAAUAUCUUCUCAAAUUCGCUUGUCAUGGGGGAGGCUGGACGAAUUUCCAAAGCAUCCAGGUACCUGGGUCAAGCAGUGCCCGAACCGUGGCAUGCUCGGUACCACCUACGAACGCAACAUCCCUUGUUCCACCGGCGGUUGAUGAAGCCCAGCUUCGCAGAUUAGUCAAAGUCUCGCUCCCCGCAUCACUUCACGAGCGGCCAUUCGUUCGCAAGUCUAUGUGCUGGUGCGCCGAUACAUCCAGCUCGGACUUUGUCGUCGACUUCGUCCCCGGUUACCAAGACUUGAUCCUGGCAGGUGCGGAUAGUGGGCAUAUGUUUAAAUUCCUGCCUACUGCUGGAGAGUGGGUUAGGGAUUUGGUGCAGAGUGGAUAUCAAAAGAUCCCAAGGUGGCGGUGGAAAACGGCUCAAAGUGCAGGGGAAAAUGGGAAGGGCACUGUUGCAUGGAGAGGAGGCGAUGUCAGGGAUCUGACAGAGCUUCCAGGUCAUGGCAAGUCUCGGAGUUCUAAAUUGUAG